AUGGAUUCCUCCUCCUCUCCCACCCGAAACCCCAAACGGCCCCUCGACGACUCGAAUGUCAACCCUUCGAGUCCCGAGGAAGCUGUUGCUGCUAAUGUUGCUAAUGCUAUUGUUGUUGCUCCUGCUGCUCCUGCGGCCCCCGCCCCAGCGGCGGCGGCCGCAGAUGCGAAUCCUCCAGAGGCUCCGGUUCAGGUUCUGAUACCGCAGCCUCAGGACGACCGCGAGUACGGUUGCAAAUACUGCGACAAGAAAUUUAGCAACAAGCAGGCGUUGGGCGGACAUCAGAACGCCCAUAAGAUGGAGCGGGCCAUGGAGAAGAACCCGAUCGUCCGGCAGGAGAACCCUUUCGCCUACACCGUAGGCGGUGCGGGCCCCUCCGGCGCCGGCGAUCCGGCGACCUUCACCGGGUUGAUGAUGAUGAUGAGUAAUCCGUCCGGUAGUACUAACCCCAAUUUUCUUGGAUCUACUUUCAAUAGAUCUCAUGAUUUUAUGAACAGGUCCAUAGUUAACUGGCCGUACACUUCGCCACAUCAGCAGCAACAGCAGCAGCAGCAGCAGCAGCGCCAACAGCAGCAGCAGCAAAAUGCAUUUCAACAGCAAAAUGCAUUUCAAAUGCGGUACAAUAAUCCGCCGGGCUUUGUUCCUUCUCGCCCAUUGCCGGGGUAUAACAAUGUUUACAACCCCGGAUGGACGGCGGGCCCCGCCCCGGUCCAGGCCCGGCCCGGCCCGCCAGCUCCUAGGGUUAAUAAUCCUUAUAAUUAUUACCAGGGGCAACCGUCCUCCUAUAUGCAGCAGCAGCAGCAGAACCAUCAUCAGGCUCAGGUUAUGAAUAACAAUCAUCUCCGUCUCCCUCCGGCGACCGGAGGCAACGGUGGUGGUGGUGCAAUGAUGAGGCCCGUUUUCAAUCCGGGCUUGUCGUUGGGCAUUGGUGGUGGGCCGAGAAUCAGGCCCGGUAACAUGAACCCCGGUGGAGGGAACAGGAACCUGCAGUUGGUCGUCGCGAAUGAGCGUACUGAUGAACAAGAUGAAGAUUCUGAGAUGGAUUUGUCUCUCAGACUCUGA